AUGACCGCCCACGUUCCCUUCUACACCUACGGGCCUGUCUUCGGGUCGAGCGUGUCGGGUGGGAUGGAUCCCUGGGGUAUGGUUCAGGUUGGUGUUUCGGUGAGAGGCAGGAAGGCGUUUAGUAAGGUUAACGGGGAUAACCAGAAAGUUCAUAAUGUGAAACCGCCAACCUUCAAGCCAGAUCCAGAGCUCAUGAAGGAAAAGAGGAAAGAAAAAAGGGAUGAACACAUGAAUGUGACGAGAAAGGAAGCUGUCAAACCAGCCAAACAUGAAACGACCUUCACAUUCCCGUCGAAGCCCGCCGCCCCCUCGAAGCCCCCCGUCUUCCUCCGCCCCCACCGCGAGGAGAUCGACCUUCGCUUCCGGGCGAUGCGGGAGAACCAGAGGUACACGCUUCUAUUGACUCACAGGAGCGGGGAGCGGGAUGCUUCGCAGGGGAUGCCGAUGGGCCCCGUCUUGCAGUACGACGACAGGCUCCUGGAGAAAUCAUCGCCUGCCCCGGUCCCCCCUGCCUUCAAUGUGGACAGGCACUUCCUCCCCGGCUGGCGCAAGCACCGCCCUCCCCUGCACAACAAGCGGCGCUGGCUCCGGUCUUACUUUGGGUACCUGCCCUGGCGUGGUGUGAGGGAUGAGCUCAAGCUCGUGGACAGGGAGGACGUCACCACGACCACCCCGCACGACCUCGCCUGCUUCUUUGCCGCCCUCUUCAAGCUCCACCAGCUGUCGGUGGAUGGGGAGGACCUCCCCCUGAAGACCGCGGUGUACGGCGCUGGAUGCGGUGGCAGCACCGUCCCUCUGGCGCUGCUGUCGGAGAUCGUCUACUGCGUCGAGUGGAAGCAAAAGGAGUGCAACGAGCUGCGCAAGAACAUGAACACGAUCCUCGGACACUUUGGUGUCAGCCCCUCUCGGGUGGGUGUCAUCCGUGACGACUUCACGCAGUUUGCCCUCCCCUUCAAUGCUCAGUACCUGCUGGUGUCGCCGACGUGGGAGGAGAACGGGAACGAGCCCAACGACCGCGUGUAUUGCGGGCUGCAGCGCACCCCCGUGGAGGAGGUUGUUUCCAAUGCGUUCGAGAACAGCAAAGGCCUGAGGAUGGUGAUUGCCCACCUCCCUGUUACCAUCGAUCGGCAGGCCCUCCAGAGGCACUUCAACGAGAAGAAGCUGAGGUGUGUCUUCCGCCCCUUCAUGGGCCCCAGGGCCGUGCUGCGGACCCUUUCCUCCAGUCGGAAUUCGAGGAUCGGGGGUGUCCAGGAUGAAGGGAUGGACCCACUCUUGGAGAUGCUCUCGGAGAUGGCCAUGCCCUCGGGGGAGGACCCGGUCGUUCCCAGCGGUCGGCAGUGGGGAGAAAUGCAGAGGAAGAUCGCUGCGACGAUAGGGAGCGCGGGGGACAUCAAUGCUGCCAUCGACACCCUCGUCCGCGGCUACCAGAAGCCCGGCGGGAUCAUGCGGAACUACCUGCGGGCGGUGAGCAGGGGUGUCUUCCAGAAGCCGCUGACGUUGGAGAGGCUCGACCCCUCCGGCGGUGACUUUGACGGCUACAGGCCGGUGAAGCGGUACCUGCAUAACAUCGCGAUGAUUGUCACCCGGGAUGAACCCUACCAACUCCCGGACCGCCCUGCCUGGACCUCCCGCGAGGAGCACGCCGCCUCUGCCUCCCUCCAGGCCGUCGAGAUGGAGCAAAUGGCGAGGGCGCUGCAGCUCGGCUUCAAGGCGGAGCCGGAGAAAGUGCUCGCUGCCACCCACGCAGCUCGGGCGGCUUUGCCGAUCGUCUGGAAGGACGACAUGGAUGUCGGCGAGGUCAUCGGGAGCCUUAUCAAGGCGUACCAGCUCAUCGGCGCCAGCAACGCCCCGUACCCUUACUCCGCCCGGUCCGACGCCGACCCCACCGAGCGCAGGGCCAGGGCGCUGUUCAGGGAGGUGAGGCGCGGGGAGAAGGAGGAGGCGAGGAUGACCACCGAGGAUGCGAAGGUGGUGAAGAAGCACGAGAAGAGGAUCGAAAGACUGGCGGAGAUCAAGCGGGAAAUAGCGGAGAUCGACGAUAAACUUAGCCGUGUUGGACAAAAAAGGAAGCGUGAUGAGGAGGAGCUGGCCGGAAGCAACAAAGAGAAUCCAUCGGCUGCACAGGGUGGGGUAACGGAUGCGGAGAAGCGACGUAUGCAGAAAAACAACCGGGUGUACGAAGAUCUUAAUGAGCUCGAUAAGGAAGAAGACAACUUGAAUGCUGAGAAAGAAGAGCUGAUGGAAGAGGAGAAGAGACUAGAGGAGGAUAUGCAAUCCACUUCAAAUGAUAACGAUGACACGAGUAUGCAAGCAACAUCGGAAUCCCGCAUGCCCCGGACCUACGUAUCCCCCGAGGAAGACAGCCUCUUCGCCAUCACGCAGGAGGCGCUCAGCGCGGUGUCGAUCCAUCCGAGGCAGGAGGGCCAGGCGCUGGGUGCGACGUGGACUUCCAGGAAGGUGCGCGACGCGGACCUGGACUUGGCGAUCCGGAGGGUGGACAAAGCGGUGUCGGCUCUGCAGGGAGGCACUCCUUUCCAAGUAAGUCAAACAGCGUCCGCGUGCCUUCACCAAGCGCAGGCCACCCUGCAGGCCGCCGCGGAGACCUUCGCGGACACUGCCGAGUUGCAGAAGGCCCACGACGCGCUGGAUGCCCUUGUGAACGACAUGCAGCUGGCGUUCUCGGGUGUGCUGCGUCCCGUGGAGGUCAGGGCUGAUGAGCCCGACGAGGAGGCAGCCGCGCGCUACCGGAACCUUCACGUCACGCACGCGAACAAGGCGGUGCGGGGCUUCGUGCGGGCAAUCCGGGCGUACCGCUCCAAGGUCCUGCACACCGCGGAGGAGCUGUACCCGCGGGAGUGCGAGGACUGGGUCGACACGCUCGCCACCAUCCACGAGACGGAGAACGCGGUGAUCGCCGCGGGGGAGACGGCGCUCGGGGUGAGGAAGCUGGCCAGCGACCUGGCGGCCAUCGACCCUUCCCGGCCCGGCGCGGCCAGGAGGAGGGAGACGAUCUCUUUGAAUUUACAGAAAUCCGCCGCCGCGCUGAAGGAGCAGGUCGCCGCCUACCACCGCGUCCGGCAGCCAUCCUCGCAGAAACCCCAGGCCCUGCUCGACGGCAUGGUGGUGAACGAGAUGCUCCGGACCGGUUUUGCCUGGCGAGACCCGGCGGUGAAGGCGCAGGAGGAGCGCUGCGGCCGGGCGCAGGCCUGCAUCCGGCAUUACUCCGCGGUGAUGUCCACGCUGCUGGCAGCGGGGCUGGACCCUUCUAGGAUUGAUGCCGGGAGGGUUGCGCUCCAUGGGCAGGUAGGGCCGGAGGUGGCGGCCGGCCUCGUCCUCCGCCGCGCCACGCAGCGCAGCAACGUCCAGGCGCUGGGCAGGGCCAUGGCCGAGGUGCGGGACACGGGCUACUCCGGGACGGACAUCGAGCGCCUCACCCUCACGGACACGGCGCUGCAGAACCUCCACGCAAUGGUCCACUGGGUGGAGACGCUGGACCCCAGGCAGGCUGCGGAGCGCGUCGGUAGCGCCCUUCACGCCCCCGGCGCCCCCUUCACGGACGAGCAGAAGCGGAGCAUCGCGGAGGCCGUCAAGACCGUCCCGAGGCUGGAGCCUCUCCGUUCGCGGGUCUGUGCCCUCCGGGACGCGGUCGACAUGGCGCUGCAGACGGGCGUGUGCACCGCGGAGGCACUCAGCACCCUCGACGCCCUUUCGCACAUGGGCGAGGCAGAGGACCUUGCGGAGAUCGUCGCCCCCAACGCCCACCCCGCUGCCAUCGCGCUCAGGAGGCUGCUGCGGGUUUCGCAGGACAUCCUGUCUGACUUGUCCAGUGAGGGCAGCCCCUUCGUUCCCGACACGGUGAUGCAGAUGUGGAGGUCGUACCUGGAUGACUUCCUGUCGUCCCCCGCGGGAACCGCCGACCUCGAGGUCCUGGAGGUGAUGAUGCAGGACAAGGCCUUCGGCCCCAGCAUGCUAGCCGACUGCCAGGCCCUCGUGCAGCAGCAGCAGGACCUGGCUGCCAAGGUCUUUGACGGCUACAUCGCCGCCUACACCACCCUGGGCGCCCUGUACGAUGGCUACUCCCGCUGCCUCCGGAUUGCUUCCACGCUCCCGGACUCUGCAUCACAAGAUGACUCCACGCAGUACGACACCCUCUCCCUCGCCGGAGAUUGCGUCGCCGCCGCCUACGAGACGGGCCUGCUCGCCGAGGACAUCCGCGAGAUGCGCGGCGUGGUCAGCGAGAGCAUCCGGCACAUGCACGGGGUGUGCGACGUUCGCGGGCUCAUCUCCGAGCUCAAGAUCGAUGUCUCUGUGUUGCUGCGCUAG